CUUCUCGAUCAUGAACCGAGAUUUGCCCUCCGAGCCUGUCCCAUCGGUAUCCUUGCUAGUUGGCCGAACUAUUGGUAGUCGCAUCAACCUCUUGCCGGAAGAUUUCAAACCUGGAAUAGACGACGUGAUUUGUGGAAGGGGGAAGAAAUGUUACAGUCACAUUGGAAAUGAGCGCUUUCGGCAAAGAGUAUUAGGGAUGUUAGAUAAGUAUUCUCAGGCUCGAUCAAAAUUGGAUAAAUCGAGCGUGCUGAAUGAUGUUGUCGAGCAAGUGCGGAUAGCAAGUCCAAGAGGAGGAUUCAUUAAACAAGACGAAGCAACUCGUCGCUGGUUUGAAGUUGGUGAUUUUCUCGCAAGAGAGAAGACUUCCCAGACUUUCCGCGACGCUCUACACGAGCACUACAAGUCCAGUAGUGUAGCAAAAAAGAAGCGGAGACAGAAGGAACAAGCAAAAGUAAGCGAGAAGUUGCAAAGGGGCGGCUUGGCGGAUUUCAAGCAACAGGAUCCAUCUCGCAGCAGCUCGGAUUCAUACUUGGCGUCGGCGAAUGAAGAUCAGGCUGCUUUGGGCAUCUUGGCCCGAUUACAUCAGCUUUCCGAGUUGCGAAAGGAACAUGCUAGCUUAGGAUUAGCAGCUUCAAUGUAUCGCCUGUCCAGCCAUAACACAAAGGCACACCCCCGGUUUUCAAAUUGUUCAUUCCAAAGAGCUUCCCCUGAAACCCAGUCAGGUGGAAUUUCGAUGCAUGCUUCUAGCGAGGAACCAUUUAAAAGUCGGUUUGACGACCGUGGAAAUCUUCGCCGAAAUGCUCAGCGAUCUUUUUCGCUUCCGUCAUCUCCACAAACACUUCCUACAUAUGGUUUUGAUCUUGAACUGGAUUGGCUCAGUCACUCUCUUCCAACAGUGCAGUUUCCUCGAAAUGAAGCAACAGAUGGAAUGGAAGCUAUACAUCACACUUUGCCCCAGCCAAGUUACACCGACCAUAUUUCACUUGCUUCCUGGUCCAACCAACAGGCACUGGUAUCACCCCCCAGCUUCCCACAUUAUGCUUCGUUCGGAAAGCCGAAGUUGUUAGCGAAUAUUAAGCUUCCUCCAGUAGGAGAUGGAAUUUCGAAAGACUUGUUGAGUUCGCUGGAGAAGUUAACAGAACCUUCUUUCGGCGAUUGCAAUCCGUUUGAGCCUAUUCCGCUGACUCCAAUUGGAGAUUUGAAAAAACCUGACAACCUUGAUCAGGCUGCUAAAGUGCAAGGGACUCCGCUGGUGGAAGAUCCUAUUCUGACAGAUACAUCGCAAACACAAAAAACGUCCUUGGAAAGGAAUAGAUCGGCAUUUUUGAGAAAACAAAAGAGGAGGCAACCAUGGGGCGGUGGGCACCACACAGCACAAAUUGCUACUUUCUCUGGACGACGCGAACUACAAAAGGGUGCCGACGAGACUUUUAUUUCGUCAUCCUUUGGAUUUCAGCAUGUUUGUCAUCGACGUGAAUACUGGUGCCGUAGCUGACCAUUUGACUUAUCUUAUGAUAGCUUACAAUCAAUGUCAAAAUACGACUGAGAUAUAAUUCUCAUUAGUAUGGCGUUUUCUAUUAAAAGAAAAGAGAGGCAAGAGUGCGUCCUGCUUACUGUGAAUGGAUCCUGAACAGUUUUGAGACGA